UCCAGAGACUGAAUCAGGACGCGGAGAAGGACGAAGCGACCCCGAUCGGGGCAGAGACGGACGGGGAAGGCCGGAUGAAGCCGGGGAGAGAAGCAGUUUAUUGCACUCCACAUCAUAUACACGCACGCUGCUGACAGAGACGCGAGUGCCGUCAGGCGCCGCCGCCUUCGGAUACCGGAGUCGGGGUAACAGCUUGGAGGUGGACAGCUUUCGGGAAGGAGGAAUCGAGGAAAGGAAGGAGAAGAAAUGUGCCCUGUGCAUGAGUACCCGGAAAAAUCCUGCCAUUACACCCUGUGGACAUGUCUUUUGUUGGAAAUGCGUCUUGGCCUGGUGCAGCGAGCAACCCGAGUGUCCGCUCUGUCGGAGCAAGUGUCCUCCUCAGGCCGUCCUGCAUGUGGUCAAUUUGGGGAUCUAAAGCUGCAAUGAGAGAAGUUUUUAUGCCCGUGAAUUGAGCGUAAUGUUACGCGGAUGAGCAUAUCAUGGGAAAAAGUAC